AUGUCACGAAGAUCUGCACAACCAUCCAAAGCAACAUUCUCAUCCCAGCAAGUCAUAGUUGAAUCUGCAGUGGAAUUUCUUCCCCAGAACCUUGCCUUUGAGGAUGCAGGGAUCAUCUGCUGCGUCAAUCAUAUCCGCGAUGACAAACCAGAGCGAUACCCGCUGGGAGACUGUGGUUGUCUGCUGAGCAGUGAUAACUUUCACCCUGACACGGGAGCCUCGCCGAGCAUUUCUCACGCAAAAGCAAGUGAUGACAAUUUCUUAAGUCCCGAUGAGGUGACCGCUUCGGGCCAAGCUGCAGGCCAUUCAGUCAGUCAUAUCUGCAAGGCCAUGAAGACGAACCUUAUAUCUCCGCUAGGUAGUAUUAUGUGGCUCUUGAAAGUAUUUUGCCAGGGGAAAUGCGGAAUUGCAAUAUGUCACGCCUUGCAUGCCGCAUCACGGCCCCCAGACUCAGUCUAG